UGUGGAUUUGUAAACCAAACAUAGUGAGUCUCUGUUUAAUACUAUCAAUAAUUGGAAAAAAUAAAAAAUGAAUUUUAAAUCACAACAGUGUUCAAUAAUUAGUUUUAUCCACUUACUUAUAAUAAGUGUAUUUCUUCUGAGUCUAACAACUAGUUGUUUUCAAAUCCCGCCAUUAACAACAGAAACAAAUGUUACUAAUUCUACUUUUGUUAUUUUUUUGAGAUGUAAUAUGAAUCAACCAAAAGAUCUUCAAAAACUUACAAACCCAGAACUCGCAGCUUUUUUUGCAUCUUUCGAUACUGUAAUAACUGAUAUUGAUGGAGUUUUAUGGCAAGGUAUGGCACUUAUCCCAGGAGUAGUUGAAAUUUUGAAAGAAUUGAAGAAUAACAAUAAACAGAUUCUCUUGGUUACCAACAACAGUAUUUUUCCAGUCCGACAUUAUAUCAGAAUUCUUCAAGAAAUGGGAUAUACUAUCACUCCGGACGAAAUUGUCUUACCUUCAGAUACACUUAUUUGGUAUCUUCAAAGUAUUGGGUUUACAGGAAAAGCUCUAGUUAUCGGCAGUGUAUGUUUCAAAGAUAAGCUAAUCAAUGCUGACAUUGAUAUUGUGACUGGUCCACCUUCUGUCGAAGAAGAUAUACGUCUUCUAGAGAAUCUAACGAAAAUCGAUAAAGAUAUUGAAGCUGUUAUAGUUGAGUUUGAUUUCAAUGUCAACUGGGCUAAAAUCAUUCAAGCUGGGAUUUAUCUUGAGAAUAAAGACGUUUUAUUUUUAGUUGGAGCAUCUGAUAAGAAAUUUCCGGCUUCUAAGUCACACAUAAUUAUUGGUGGAGGUUACUUUCAAGAGAUCCUGGUUAACUUUACCGGUAGAAAACCUUUAUUAUUUGGAAAACCUGGAUCCAUUUUAAAAGAUUUUAUUUUUGAUCGCUAUGCGGAAACAAUUGAGACUGAUCCUAAAAGAGUAUUGUUCAUUGGAGAUUCGUUGAACGUUGACAUGAAAUUUGCUGAUUUGUGUGGCUUUUCAAAAUUAUGGGUUGGUUCUGGUGUUGAUGGUUCGGAUGUAUCGAGAUUUAGGCACAGUUGCGAAUUCGUGCCUGAUUAUUAUUUACCUGACCUGAGUAAAAUGCCUCUGGUUCCAAUUUUAACGUUUCUAUCGAAUUUUCUACAUUGUGCAUGCAGGAUUAGCAUGAUAAAAACAUGUAUCUCCUCAUCAUUGUAUUGGUUUGUGUAUACAUUGCUUGCAUCACGGACGUACGUGAACGCCGCCCUCAUCUUCGCAGACUCCGCUUUAAAUAAUAUAUCUUUACAAUGGAAUGUGACGCCACCAAGAGCUGUUCAUAAUUUUAACUAUGUACAGCUCAAAAAAUUCUUUAAUUCUUUCGAUACCGUCAUCAUUGAUAUUAAUGAACUCUUAUGGCACCGUCAUUGUUCUAUUGUCAGUGCUACAGAUACUCUGAAAAAAUUUCAAGCUCUCGACAAGGAUAUAUUAUUUAUUAGCAGCAAUAGUAUUCAUCCUAUCAAGUAUUACAUUCAACAUUUGGAUCCGCUGAAAUAUUAUGCAAACGUGAAUCAAUUUAUUACUCCUUAUAACACAGUAAGCUGGUAUCUAGAACACACAAAAUUUGAAGGAAAGGUUUUGACAUUUGCUACAUCAUUUUUUAAAGACUAUUUAAUGAGAAGCGGAAUAAACAUUGCGACUGGACCAUCGUGUCUUGAAGAAAACUUUGACUUACUCGAGAAUUUGACUAAAGUUGAUAAAGAUAUCAAAGCGGUAAUUCUAGAUUUUGAUUUCAACAUGAACCUGAUGAAAAUGCUUUUAGCUGAAGCUUAUCUGCGAGAUGAAAAUGUUUUGUUUUUGGCUGGUCCAUCGAAUAAAAAGCUGGCAAUAUCUGAUUCACAAAUAAUCAUGGGCCCUGGAUAUUUUCAAGAUAUUAUCAUUGAUUACACGAGAAGAAAGCCACUAUCCUACGCUAGAUCUGGUUCAAUUUUAAAAGAAUUCAUUUUCAUUCAUCAUAACAUUACUGAUCCGAGUCGAGUUUUAUUAAUAGGAAAUUCACUGGAAACUGAUAUGAAAUUUGCUGAACUCUGUGGCUUCAUUAAAUUAUGGAUCGGUUUCGAAGAAGAUCUGCUACAUUCGUGCGGAAAUGGUUGUGAAGCUAUGCCCGAUUAUUAUCUAACCAAUUUAGGCCAACUGCCAUUUAUCGACUAUGAUGACUAAUUUAUUAUAAUGAGUUUUCAACGAUUUUAAUCAAUUUUUGCGUGUGUUCAAUGGGUUAUGGGUUAUGGGUUUUUUCAAUGUCAUUUUAUUCUCUUAUAUAACGGUGUGAUGACUUGUCAUUCUUAUUCUAUUGUGUGCUUUAUACUUAAUUUUUCAUCGAUAUUAUUAUCAUUUUAUCGAUUUUACGCACUCUGUGCUAUGCUGAAUUUUCAGCAAUUUUAUUUAACUUUUACGUGUGUUCAAUGGGUUAUGGGUUAUGGGUUUUUUCAAUGUCAUUUUAUUCUCUUAUAUAACGGUGUGAUGACUUGUCAUUCUUAUUCUAUUGUGUGCUUCUCACUCAACUUUUCAUCGAUAUUAUUAUCAUUUUAUCGAUUUUAUGCACUCUAUGCUAUGAUGAAUUUUCAGCAAUUUUAUUUAACUUUUACGUGUGUUCAAUGGGUUAUGGGUUAUGGGUUUUUUCAAUGUCAUUUUAUUCUCUUAUAUACCAGUACAAUGACUUGUCAUUCUUAUUCUAUUGCGUGCUUCUCACUCAACUUUUCAUCGAUAUUAUAAUCAUUUUAUCGAUUUUAUGCACUUUGUGUUAUGAUGAAUUUGAAUUCUUAAUUGACAAAACUUCAACAAUGUAAUAACAAUAAUUUUGUGUGAUUAAAAAAAUAUUUCAAACUA